UGGCAGCUGUGCUGGAUGUUGACACUGAGGUUAUGGACCUCUGAAAUAAAGCCGAAGCCACACACCAUGUCCUUAAAACCACGGGUGGUGGAUUUCGAUGAGACGUGGAACAAGCUCCUGACGACAAUCAGAGCGGUUGUGAUGCUUGAUUACGUGGAGAGAGCAACAUGGAACGACCGCUUCUCUGACAUCUAUGCGCUGUGUGUUGCAUAUCCAGAGCCUUUAGGGGAAAGACUGUACACUGAGACGAAGGUGUUUCUGGAAAAUCACGUCCGUCAGUUGUUCAAGAGAGUCCUGGAGUCGGAGGAGAAGGUUUUGGGGAUGUAUCACAGAUACUGGGAGGAAUACAGCAAAGGCGCUGAGUACAUGGACUGCUUAUACAGUGACCGAUGUGGGGAGGACCCAAAUCAGAAAGUAAUCCACGGGGUUAUCAACUCCUUUGUUCAUGUUGAACAGUACAAGAAAAAGUUUCCUCUAAAGUUUUAUCAGGAAGUCUUUGAGGGGCCGUUCCUGACAAAAACCGGCGAGUAUUACAAACAGGAAGCCUCCAAUCUGCUGCAGGAGUCCACCUGCUCCCAGUAUAUGGAGAAGGUUUUAGGCCGGUUGAAAGACGAGGAGGUGAGAUGUCGGAAGUAUCUGCACCCCAGCUCUUACGCCAAAGUCAUCCAUGAAUGUCAGCAGAGGAUGGUGGCCGAUCACCUGCAGUUCCUGCACGGAGAGUGUCAAAAUAUCAUCAUGCAGGAAAAGAGAGACGAUAUGGCGAAUAUGUACACGCUACUGCGAGCCGUGUCCAGCGGCUUACCUCACAUGAUCCAAGAAAUCCAGGUCCACAUCCACGAUGAGGGUCUCAGAGCCACCAGUAACCUCUCUCAGGAAAACAUGCCAACCCAGUUUGUAGAGUCAGUGUUGGAGGUUCAUAGUAAAUUUGUCCAGUUGAUUAACACAGUGUUGAAUGGGGACCAACACUUCAUGAGUGCGCUUGAUAAGGCCUUGACUUCAGUCGUGAACUACAGAGAGCCCAAAUCCAUCUGCAAAGCGCCUGAGCUGCUGGCCAAGUACUGUGACAAUCUGUUGAAGAAAUCUGCAAAAGGAAUGACGGAGAAUGAAGUUGAGGACAAACUGACCAGCUUCAUCACGGUCUUCAAAUACAUUGACGACAAAGAUGUGUUUCAGAAGUUUUACGCCAGAAUGCUUGCAAAGAGGUUAAUACAUGGACUUUCAUUAUCCAUGGACUCGGAGGAAGCCAUGAUCAACAAACUGAAGCACGCGUGUGGCUAUGAAUUCACGAGCAAACUGCACAGAAUGUACACUGAUAUGAGCGUCAGCACCGACCUCAACAACAAAUUCAACAACUUUAUCAAAACCCAGGAGACUGUCGUGGACCUGGGCAUCAGCUUCCAGAUUUAUGUAUUACAGGCAGGCGCAUGGCCCCUCACACAUGUCCCCUCUUCCACGUUUGCCAUCCCGCAGGAGCUGGAGAAAAGUGUACAAAUGUUUGAGUUGUUUUAUAACCAGCACUUCAGCGGAAGGAAGCUGACCUGGCUACAUUAUCUCUGCACAGGCGAGGUAAAGAUGAAUUAUCUGUCCAAGCCCUAUGUGGCGGUGGUGACCACCUAUCAGAUGGCCGUUCUGCUGGCGUUCAACAACAGCGAGACUGUGAGCUACAAAGAACUGCAGGACAGCACGCAGAUGAACGAGAAGGAGCUCCAGAAGACCAUUAAAUCCCUGCUGGACGUCAAGAUGAUCAGUCACGACUUGCAGAAAGAGGAGAUCGAAGCCGAAUCCACGUUUUCCUUAAUUAUGAGUUUCACCAGUAAAAGAACAAAGUUCAAGAUCACAACAUCGAUGCAGAAGGACAUGCCGCAGGAGCUGGAACAGACGAGGAGUGCCGUGGAUGAAGACAGGAAAAUGUAUUUACAGGCUGCUAUAGUGAGGAUUAUGAAAGCCAGGAAAGUCUUGAGACACAACGCCCUGAUACAGGAGGUAAUCAACCAAUCCAAAGCGAGAUUCAACCCGAGUAUCAGCAUGAUCAAGAAGUGCAUUGAGGUUCUUAUCGACAAGCAGUACAUCGAGCGAAGCCAGAGCUCUGCGGACGAAUACAGCUAUGUCGCAUGAAAACAUUAAUUUAAUGAAAGAAAAUCAAAAAACGCCGUAAAGCGUGAACAGUAAACAUGUCUUUUAUUUUCGGCUCUGGCUGGCUCCGGCACUCAACCAUUGGAUCGAAUCGGGACUCUGCGCCUCCAUCUGUGUUAAAAAAGGGCCUCCGAGUAGCUGGACAGUCAUUAAAAGCACCCCCAUCCCGCCCCCUUCUGAUUUUAUGCUGUUUACAUCACCAGUGCCACGCCCAGGGCGUCUAUGAAAAAAGAAAAUGCCUAUAGCUACUCGAGCGUAAAAGGUAAUACAUUUUUAGACGUAAUCGUGCAAGAGAAAGCGAGCGAAUGAAAUGCAUCACAUAGAGCAAAACAGGUGAAGUGUUUGAGAAACGGCCGAAAAAACAACCACGCUUUCUUUUCUCCCGUUGCAGUUGUUGUGUGUUUUCUUUUUUUAAUGUAUCAAAGUCAAAGAACUAUUGUAAUAAAACCGGUAUACUGAUAAUUGCAUUUACUUUCAAGAUAUAAAAAAACAAAUAUGAGGUGACAAACAUGAUUUUGC